CUCUGCAGCAGUUACUUUGGUAUUUCAAGUUAUUGUUGCCUGUGUGGAGCAUGUCAAUACAACUCUCUGAAGAUGGCGAGCUGCAGGUGCAGGGCUACCUGCGCUUUGCAAAGUUAAAGCGCGACCAGCAUGUGCGAGAAGUCGUCUCAACGAUCAAUGACUUCAAAGCCGACCACCUCCGCGCUGGGGACAUGUACAACUACAAGGAGCUCACACAGAUGUUCACGGAGCUGGCAGAUGACACCAAGAAGCUCAUGGACAAGGAGAUCCAAAACGCGUACCACACCAACGCGCUGUUGGUGAAGAUUCUGUUGAGCCAGGCCCAGGCGCAGGGCCUGGAGCUGGCGGUGGACACCAACUCGCUGGAGAAUGAGUUCCUGCUCAAGCAGAUCAGCAGCAGUGAGGCCACUGCGCUGUCCCGGCCCGCGUCCGACUUUGUGCGCCGCAACACGCAGCUCGGCCGCCUGGGCACUGUGGCCACGGUGGCCACACAGGACCCGGCUGUCGUGCGGGAGCGGGAUGCGCUGCGGGCGGAGCUGCAGGAGGCCAAGGAGCGCAUGGCCAAGCUGCAGGAGGAGACCACCAAGGUGAUGCGCGACCGCACGACGCUCAACAACCAGCUGAACUCGCUGCGUGACGAGCUUGCGGCCAAGGACACGGCGCUGCGGGCGGCGCUGGGCGACAAGGAGGCGGCGGUGGCGGGCCUGAGCAACAAGAUGGCGGCACUGGAGGCAGCGGGCCGCGGUGGCGUGUCGGCGGAGGCGGCGGCGGCGCUGGAGAAGAAGGCAGGCGGCCUCGGCGGUCAGCUGGCAGCCGUGCAGGAGGAGCUGCAGGCCGCCCGCAACCAGCUGGCGCUCAAGGACAAGGAGCUGCGUGCGGCGUCCGAGGCGCUGUCGGGCAAGCUGCAGGAGAGCAAGCAGUUCCUGGCCAUGAAGCAGAUGAUGCAGUCCAAGAGCCAGGAGGCGGCGGCGCUGCGCAAGCGGCUGGAGCAGUAUGAGCCGCAGAGUGUGCCCAGUGCAGACACCGCCUAGGCGGUAGGCAGGAGGGCAGGUGGGGUUAGCCGUUCAUGUGUGUGGGCGUGAUUGUUUCCAACAUUCCAUGAGAAGGGCCCCGGGGCAUCUGUGUCAACGUGCGUACAGGCAUUUUGUCGUGUGGAGAGUAAAGGCAUUCCGCUAUGUGGAACAGUAGGUCCUACACCUGUGUGCGGCCUAGCGCUGGUCGAGCAGGCUGUACGUCGCUGCGGGGUGUUAUUAUCGCACCGCGGUCACCGCUCCAGUGGACGUCCUGGUAAAUAUUAUGAAGAGCCAGACCGGAGCGUGUGGACUUCGUCUUGAAUACAGAUGCAUUGUGGCAAGUUCACGAGCGGGCAAGUCACGGCCAGUCACGUAGGGCCGUAGGGGGCAACCUGGGUAGUGAAGUUGCCCCUGCAGGUCGGCUUGGCUAGUGUGGGUUCUGGCCUGCUGGGCCCUGCCCACCUGGGCAUGUGUGCACAUGUGCCCGCACAGCACGCAGCGCACUCCAUGUAACCACUUUGAGAC